UGUGUAGACAUGACUAAAAUGACCCGAAAUGGACAGAUUUCCAACGUGAUGGUUCAUGACAGUAAAGCACAAUUUUUCAUCCUUUGCCAUACUUCCGGUUUCUUAUUUGGCCUUUAUUUUGAGAGAGUUCACCGGAAGUCUGCUGCCUUCCUUGGUGGUUUAAAAUUGCUCAAUUAUUGGCGCAUAACUUCGUAUUGACUUCGAACGGGUGGUCACACUCAUGGACGUUUUAUAACUUCAAAAAGAGCCGUAUUUUUAUGAGUGCUUAUGUCCUAAUUGCGCAGUCAUCAUCCAACAUGAGCGCGCUUGUCUUUCUUUUGCUUCUCUUUGUCGGGUCGGCGGAGUUCCGAAGCCAAGUCCGACUCCCUCCCCCGCCUUCGCCCGGUAAGGCGCACCUCGGCCGGGGCGAGGAUGCCGCGGCAGUCGAGAGCUCAGAGGUUACCGGAGCGAGUCAAGACGAGACUCCCCGGAGACGAGAAGACCCGAGCGGGUACUUCACGACCCCGCGGGUCAUCGCCAGCACCCGCGGGCUCUGGUCGAACUCGUCGUCCUCCGGACCGUCGAAGCCGCAGCCCUAUCCGACUUUCCCCGUGGCUGACGCCUCGUACUGGGCGUACGCGCUGAUGCUGCUGGCCCUGGUUCUCUUCUCGGUGGGCAUGGUGGGCAACCUGGCACUCAUGUGCACUGUGUGGCACAACGCGUACCUGCAAAGCGCUUGGAACUGUAUCCUGGCUGGCUUGGCCCUGCUGGACUUCUUGGUGCUCUUUUUCUGCCUGCCGGUGGUCGUCUUCCACGAGCUGACCUUCAGGCGUCUGCUCGGAGGAGCGUCCUGCUACCUGGUGCCUUUUCUGGAGGUGACAUCCCUGGGCGUGGCCACGUUCAGCCUGUGCGCCCUGAGCAUGGACCGCUUCCACCGUGCUACAUGCCCCGGGCCCGAACCCAGGUUGGAAUCCUGCCGCUCCAUCCUGUCCAAGAUGGCUGUCGUCUGGCUGGGCUCGCUGGCGCUGGCCGUUCCCGAGCUGCUGCUGUGGCAGCUGCGCCAGGAACCCGUCAGGCUGUGGGAACCCUUCGGCUACGGGGGCUCGUCCCCGGUGGCGGACGUUUGCGUGCGCGAGCCCUCGGCGGAACUGCCCGACGGUGUCUACUCGCUGGCGCUGACCUAUCAGGAGGCCCGGACCUGGUGGAUGUUUGGAUGCUACAGCUGCCUGCCGCUGCUCUUCACGCUGGCCUGUGACCUAGCGACUCAACGGGUGUCAGCGCAGCAACCUGUCAAAGCACCGAGCAGGCGCUCCUCCUCCUCCACCUGUGGGUCGCCGACAAAGAAGAAGCAUCAUCAUCAUCAUGGUCACCUCCACCGAAGCCGUGAGCCCAGGCUUCGCGCCACAGUGCUGUGGCUGAGCACCUUGCACGUGGCCUGCAACAUACCCGAUAGUGUGUGUAGCAUGGCACUGGCCUACGUGGAGGCACCGGAGGGUCUGGCGAAAGCCGUGGGUCUGGCCGGACACUUUUUCCUGUUCUCUCGUUGCGCCGCCACGCCCGUGCUGCUGCUGUGCCUGUGUCGCUCGCUGGGUCAGGCCUUCCUGGACUGCUGCUGUUGUUGCUGCGACGAGUGCCUGCCCGAGGCGUCCGCCGCCGCCUCCACACUCUCCUCGUCCUCCCCGACGUCCUCCCCGACAUCCUUGACGCCCGAUGAUGUCAUCGGGACGCCCUGCUGAACGGAGCCUUCUCACUCAGGUGACACGGAACUCGCCAUGUAGGCUUUGGACAUUAGACCGGCAAGGGUUGCAGGUUUCGAGUAGGGCUCAAAACCUUUAAACCAGGGUUAGAUUUUCAAAUGAGGGCUUCGACACUAGGCUAGGGUUCCAAGUCUGGCUUACGAUUUGCUCUUCAAGUCAGGGUUGGGGUUUCUAGAUGUUCCAGGGCUUUCUAAUGUGAUGACCAGGCUUCAAAAGCUAAAGUAGAAUUUGGAAUAGGCUUUUAAACUAGGAAUAGGUCGAAGUAGCUAAGGUUUCAAGGCAGCCUUAGCUUUGUUAGUGUAGUCGUGUACAUGGAGGCUUCAAGACAAGAUUUAGGAUUUAAAAUGAGGGGUCCAAGCAAAGGUUGGGGCCUUAAAUUUGGUUUUUCAUGUCGGAUUAGGCUUUCAAACUAGGAUUUAGGGGGGGUUCCCAAAUCAGAGUUGGCAGUUAGUUGUGAGCCAAAAUGAGUUUUGUUCUUCCACUCAUUUUGUUACUUGGAGUCAACUUUGGAUUGGACCUUUUUGGGCUUGUCUAUCCUUUCUUUCUUUCUGAUCUUCAAGUCUCUCAGCUUCCCGUUUUGUUUUUGUUCAACGAUGGAAGCGUCACCUCCAAAAACGAAGGAAGAAACAAACAAGUGCGAGUCUUUUGCUUUGUGUAACGUUGCCACGGCGAGCAGACAGGAAUUUGCCACACUGCAGACAGACAGAACAUCGUUUUAUGAAGAAAUACGCUAUUUUGGAGCGACAUGCCUUUCCUUGGUUAAUAAAUAAAUCCAAAUCAUAUCUAGCAUAAAAUUCCUUUUUAGUGAGAAACCCAAAUUGGCGGACUUUCUGUGCUUCUUCAGAUUUUUUGUGGGUCCGGAGUUGCUCUUUUGUGGCUCGACCCCUUUUUUAGACAUUUCUACCAAAUUUCACUUUGCGACAAUCUAGAAACCAAUUCAUUUCAAGAACCUUGCUGCUCAAAUGACCUCUCCAAACACGUCCGCCAAAUUCCAGGUUGUAAAGUCCAGCAGGCUUCCGGGGCUUGAUUUCGAAAAAGUUCCUUGGCCCUGUUGAGCCAAUUUUUGCCUGAGUAUAGUAACAACUAAACCAACGUGAAGUUGAUAAUAGAAUGUUUUCAUUUAAUGGGACCAACUGGUACCCUCCCCCAAGUACCACCACACUGAACUCUUUCCGCUCACUUGGAAAAAGAUGAAGAAGAAAAGAAAAAGCGGAGGCCUCCAUAAGAAGAGCGCUUUUGUUCAGGCCUUCUCUUUGGCCGCCCGACAGCGAGGCUGGAACAAAGCCUCAUAUCAGUCCGAGGGGGCCGUUGGGGUUGCUAAGCUACGAGACGCCCACCGCCACCCAUCGCCUUCGUCUCGCUCGCCACACACAAGAGAGAAUGAUAAGCCCAAAGCCAAACUGCUGUGGAGGUCGCCAAGGAAACCACCAGGACAAAGUUUGCAAUGUAUACAAUCCGAAUCACCGCCACAGACCCCAGGUUCUUGCGUAUUUUGUUGUGGUCCAACAAAUUCAUGCGAAGCUCGCACGUCAGCCUCACAACGGCGUUCGCAACGAGAAACAGUUUGGAGCGAGACCUUCCGGAUGGUUCCAUCCGAGGCGGAAUGAUCACACGCUGUUCUUGUGCAAGUUGCGCUUCCUGGCUGAGCUGUUCAAGAGGAGCAAAAGUCGAUCUCUCCGCCUCGGCCGGAAAGACGGCAAGGAUGUUCUUUUCCAGUAUAAAGACGUCUGGCCGAGCGAGGGUUAGGGAGCCAGCCAGCGACCUUACUGUGCUGUCCACCUCCGACGGCGACGACGAGGAA